AGGAUGAGAAUAAGCAAUAGCAACUAGCAAGACAACCGUGAAAUGUAGCGCGCCAUUUCUCCAUCUGAAUAUUUCUGCAACUAUCUCAGUCCAACUGUGUGUGAAGCAGAGGAGGAUAGAAGAAAUGGGAGUGGCACAACAAAUGGAUUGCAGAAAUUGGGAGGAAGAUUCCUACAGAGACGCCAUUUUGCAAGAUAGAGAAACCCUCUCUCGGACCGUUUUCCGGACCGCCUACGCUCCAAACCCUAAUCCCAAUCCCAAUUCCGACCAUGUCGUCACCGCCUCCAGCGACGGCUCCGUCGCCGCUUACUCCAUUUUCGCCUGCCUCGAGAUGGGCUGCGGACGCUCGAGAGAUCGAAAUUGGUUAGCUGCAGAGCCAGAGUUUGUGAUUCGAGGACAUGAUGGACCGGCUUAUGAUGUUAAAUUUUAUGAUGAUUCUUUGUUGCUGAGUUGUGGUGAUGAUGGUCGAAUUCGAGGGUGGAAAUGGAAAGAAAUUUUAGAAAGCAUGGAAUCUGAGCGAGGAGCCAAGAUGAAGCCAGUAUUUGACUUGGUGAAUCCUCAACAUAAAGGUCCCUGGGGUGCUCUUUCUCCUAUUCCAGAAAAUAAUGCUAUUGCUGUAGACUCUCAGAGUGGAUCUAUAUAUGCAGCUGCUGGUGAUUCUUGUGCAUAUUGUUGGGAUAUGGAGAAAUGCCAGGUCAAGAUGGUUUUUAAAGGACAUUCAAACUAUCUACAUUGUAUCGUUUCGUGCAAUUCGAGUAAUCAGAUUAUUACUGGUUCAGAAGAUGGCACAGCACGUAUAUGGGAUUGCAAAAGUGGGAAGUGUAUUCAAGUAAUUAAUCCAGAAAAACAAGGCACAAGCGCUUCUUUUCCAUGUGUUAGCUGUAUUGCUCUUGAUUCUAGUGAGAGUUGGUUGGUUUGUGGAAAGGGCCAGUCUUUAUCACUUUGGAAUCUUCCUGCCCGUGAAUGCGUUUCAGUUGCUAGAACUCAGGCUUCUGUCCAAGAUGUUACAUUUGAUGAAAAUCAAAUUCUAGCUGUUGGAGCAGAACCAUUACUCACACGAUUAAACAUGAAUGGAGAUAUUAUUUCACAGAUCGAGUGUGCUCCAACAUCUGCAUUUUCCAUUUCUUUGCACCCUUCAGGGGUAGCAGCAGUAUCUGGUUAUGGAGCGCUCGUAGACAUGAUCUCACAAUUUGGGAGCCACUUGUGUACAUUUCGCUGUAAGGGGCUGUAAGUUUAGUAUCUGGCCUUGUUUGUCAACAUGAACUUUAAUUUGUGAGUGUCAACAUCCACUCCUGUCCACUGCCCAUCCCGCUUCAUCGUCUUCCAUGAAAAUUAGCGUUAAUGUUUUUGUGGUGCAGUAGAAUGUGAAAGAACUAAUUUUGUAAUUCUGUAGCUCAUAUGAAUUAUGUCUACCAGCUGAUAUUUUGUGUCUUCUCCUAUCCUCAGAUUCUUACUGUCAAUUGAAACUCACUUCUACAACUUUAUUACAUUUAAAUUGGGCUUA